AUGACUACAUCAAUGGCGUCUUCUUCCCUUUCACCUGCUACUCAGCUGGGUUCGAGCAGGAGCGCUAUGUUGGCGAUGUCGCGUGGGUUGUUUGUGAAACCAACGAGGACGAAUCAUCAAAUGGUUAGAAAGGAGAAGAUUGGUGUGAGAAUUGCUUGUCAAGCAACAAGUAUUCCUGCAGACAGAGUUCCAGAUAUGGAAAAGAGGAAGCUUUUGAAUCUUCUUCUUGUCGGAGCUCUUUCUCUCCCCAGUGGCUUCAUGCUUGUCCCUUACGCUACCUUCUUUGCCCCUCCUGGAUCCGGAGGUGACGGUGGUGGUACUCCAGCCAAAGAUGCACUUGGAAAUGAUGUAGUUGCAGCUGAAUGGCUUAAGACUCAUGGUCCCGGUGAUCGAACCUUGACCCAAGGAUUAAAGGGAGAUCCGACUUACCUAGUUGUGGAGAACGACAAGACUCUAGCGACAUACGGUAUUAACGCAGUGUGCACUCAUCUUGGAUGUGUUGUGCCAUGGAACACAGCUGAGAACAAGUUUCUAUGUCCUUGCCAUGGAUCCCAAUACAACGCCCAAGGCAGAGUCGUUAGAGGUCCAGCGCCAUUGUCGCUAGCCUUGGCUCACGCGGAUAUCGAUGAUGGUGGGAAGGUUAUUUUUGUUCCAUGGGUUGAAACUGACUUCAGGACUGGUGAGGCACCAUGGUGGUCUUAA